AUGGCCGAGGAAGUCGAGAAGGUUCAGCACCCCCAUGGCGAGUUCGCCGAUCAAGACAUUAUCACGGGCAGGAUGUCCAAUUCCGGUGUCGUCUUAAGCCCUCAGCCCACGAAUGACCCAAAUGAGCCACUGAAUUGGUCACAAUGGGAGAAAUAUGCGACAUAUCUCGUGCUCUGCUGGUUCACAUUCCUGGCGUUCAUGAACUCUUCUGCGUUCACGGUUGCCGUCAAGUCAAUUGUCAAGGAAUUUGGCAAGACGCCGACAGAAGCAAGCUACUUGACAUCGCUGCAAGUACUUGCGAUGGGGUUUGGUGCUGCGUUUUGGAUGCCAAUGUCCAGAAAAAUUGGCAAACGUCCCGUGUACCUUCUGUCAAUCCUCUUCCUGUGCGUCACCAAUAUCUGGAGCUACUUUUCUAAAUCAUACGGUAAUCUUCUGGCGUCGCGACUGGUCGGGGGUUUUUUGACCGCUGCUUCCGACGCCCCUGUGUCCAGCGUAGCGGCGGACCUUUUUUAUUUUCACGAGCGGGGCCGUACCUUGAUGAUUUUCAAUAUUGCUAUUUCGUCAGGCGCUUUUCUCGGGCCCUUCAUUAACGCCUACAUCACCCAGUACUUGGGCUGGCCCUGGAUGUGCGGUGUAAUGGCCAUCGUUUCGGGUGCGACCUUCAUUCUCGCAGUUCUACUUGUCAAAGAAACGGCCUAUAUUGUUCCUAAUGGUGUGCGAGAUCUCGAUCGAUCCGCUGAGAUGUACUCGCCAAAGAAAAGCUGGGCUGCUUCAAUGUCCCUAACCGCCGGCAUGGACCGAGAUGCAUCCUUCUUCAAAUGGGUGUUUGAGACCGUACAACUCAUAGCCUAUCCUCCUAUCUGGUUCAGCGGACUGACCGUGGGACUGUUUAUCGGGUGCAAUAUUGCGAUCCAGCUCACAGCUUCCCAAACCUUUACGGCUCCACCCUACUCCUGGCAACUUCAUAGCGUUGGACUGCUGUCCCUCGCGGGCUUCACGGGUUCUCUGAUCAGUUUCUUCUUUGGUGGUUGGCUCAUUGACUGGAUCGCCACUCGUGCUACCAAGCGCCAUGGUGAGCAUGUAGAGCCGGAGUAUAGACUUCCGGCAAUGAUGAUACCAGCAGUAAUCGGACCAAUGGGUUUGUUGACCUUCGGACUAGUGAUUGCUACAGGAAAAUCUUGGGCUGGUGCUGCCAUCGGAUAUGGCAUGCAAGGAUUCGGUGCGACGGCUGCUGCGAAUAUCGCCGUCACCUACGUGGUAGAUGCCUAUCGCCCAGUGAGUGGAACCUUCCUUAUAGUACCAUAA